AUGGCUGAUGAAGGAGUUAACCCGAAGGCUUUCCCACUGGCCGAUACCAACUUGUCUCAAAAGCUCAUGGAUCUUGUUCAGCAAGCUAUGAACUACAAGCAGCUCAAGAAGGGAGCCAACGAGGCAACAAAGACCCUCAACAGAGGAAUCGCCGAGGUCAUUGUCAUGGCCGCCGAUGCCGAACCAUUGGAGAUUCUUCUUCACCUUCCACUUCUCUGUGAGGACAAGAACGUCCCAUACGUCUUCGUUCGCAGCAAGGCCGCCCUUGGACGCGCUUGCGGAGUCACUCGCCCAGUUAUCGCCGCUUCUAUCACUCAAAACGAAGGAUCUCAGCUCAAAUCUCAAAUCCAAAAAAUCAAGGAGGACGUCGAGAAGCUCCUCAUUUAA